AUUCAGUACCCGCUGCAUUACUUACAUAACUCAAUGACCGUUGCAUGCGCCGCAUAGCUUGCUCGUCGUUCGUCGCAAUGCCUGAGAAGCCUCCGAAGCCAAAAACUGCUUCUCAGGCACCUUCGACAUCACCCUCUGCGUUUCGCAAGUCAUCUCAACCUGUAGUGCGGUGGGUUGAAACCUGGUCGCCGUACCACGACACCAGUUCAAGUAAAUCGGCAACAUCCUCUCCCUCGUCGUCCCGGUCGUCGACUCCCCUGUCGCCAGGCUUGGCGUCGUUGAAUGAGGCCCUGCAUGAAUCAUUACGUUUACCCACACGUCCGCCUUUGGCUCGGCUACCAACGCCACUGUACACAUCGCGUCUUGGACACGGCCAUUCCCCGCAUUUUUUCGACAGCCUUACACGAACGACCUUGCCGACGUCAUCAUUAUCGACUGAAAGCCCACUGAAUCAUUCCACUUCUCCACUAUCAACUUCUCCGAUGUCUUCCAUUGGUUCCCACUCUUGCUGGGCGAAGAUGACAGAGCAGAUACAGUCGAAGAGGAGCGGGAUCGCAUCCGUAAGAAACCGCUCUCCGAAAAAUCCGAUCAUCUUUUGUCAUGGUCUUCUGGGCUUCGAUUCAGUUACUAUUGGACCUGCAAUCGCUGCUCUACAAGUAACCCACUGGCGGGGUAUAAAAGAAGUGUUAGAGGCCAACGGAACAGAGGUUCUUAUUACCAGGGUUCCAGCCACAAGCACACCCAUCGACAGGGCGAAAGUGCUGGAAGAAAAAAUAUCUGCGGCUUAUCCCGGUCGCAAUGUGCAUCUAAUAGGUCAUAGUAUGGGAGGCCUUGACUGUCGCUAUCUAACUUCCAAACUUCCUCAUCGAAAUUUCUCGGUUCUGUCCAUAACUACGAUCGGGACUCCUCACCGAGGCUCCGCGUUUGCCGACCAUUUUCUCACUACGCUGGGGAAAAGCCGCAUGCCUUCAUUCCUGCGAUUCCUGGAUAUGCUCCCGAACGGUGGAGGGGACGGAAAAGCAUUCGAAUUUCUUACACUCGAAAAUAUGCGUCGUUUCAACGAAGAAGUCAAGGACGUGGAUGGCGUUCAAUACUUUAGCUGGGGAGCUGUUUACGAUCCCGGGUUUGUGGAUACUUGGAAAUGGUCGCACUCAGUGGUGCUAGAGAAAGAAGGACCCAAUGAUGGCUUAGUUUCUGUCAACUCUGCGAAAUGGGGAACGUACCUUGGUACACUAGAGGACGUGAACCAUCUUGACCUAGUCGGUUGGAUAAACGCUGCCCGAUAUAAAUGGGCGGAAAUGACCGGGCGCCAAAUCAACUUCCGGCCGGCAACAUUCUACCUAGGCGUCGCGGAUAUGCUAGCAGAGAGGGUUGAAGGUCAACCCAGUCUUUCCACAGAUGAUAGUCAUUCCAAUGGCUAUUCGAGCAGUGGUAAGGGUAACAAGACUGGAAGUGUUGCGAUUGUAAAGGAGGAAUUGGACGACCACUCAACCGUAAACGAUGAAGCGGUGACAAUCACUACCGGCGAAGACGUUGACAAGACUACUGGGAUCACAAACGGACUAUCUAACGUCAACUUGCAUACUAUUGAACUAGAUAAUCGGAACCAGGAAGAUUAUGACAGCUCAAGACCACGCCUAUAGCGUUAAUAUCAUGUAGCAUUAGUUCUAUCAUAUAACGUAUUCUAAUACCAUAUAAUAAUGUAUCAAUAUAAUUUGCAAGCAUGUUGUUCGUCGCGCA